CGCAUAUCAACUCCCUAUAAGCUCCUCUCCAACAAAACCUUGUCCAGGUUUCAAGCUUCAAUCCGAGAACGAGUUCACGCUCCGAUCGCCGUGUACCAGCAUGAGAACUCGUAAUAAGGAUUCGCCAAAACCGGCGACCGCGAAGAAAACGCCGCCGCCGAGGAAAUCGGCGUCCAAAACGUCUCCGAAUCCUCCCGAUUCGGCUGCGGUUUCGGAUACUCCGAAAUCGACCGCGGUUUCGGAUACUCCAAAAUCGGCCGAGACGAAGCGCCCUUCCGCCACCAAAGCGAAGCCGGUGAACAAGAACGAUGCCGCGACCCCACCGAGCGCGGGUUCCGAUUCGAAACCCCAACAGUCAUUAGUAUCCGAGGAGCCCAAAGCACCAGGUGGUGUUGCCCAGGUGACACCAGGCACAAAAGUUGUCAAGGUGAUAAAAAGGGUGGUGAAGAGGUCUGGAAGAACAAAGACACCCACUUCGGUAAAAGGUGUUACAAUGCAGACACCCAAAUCUGGGGAAUCUGUGAAGGCUAAAGUUGAAGAAUCCCGGGAGAAGGAGGAUGUAGAGGAAGCCGCGGUUGAAAAUGUUGGAGAAUCUGGGAAGAAUGAAGAAACCGUGACGGAAGUGGGGGAGCCUGUUGUUGAAAACGCCGGAGAUUCUGCAAGGAAGGUAGGAACUGUUAUGGAAGUGGAGGAAACUGUUGUUGAAAGCGCUGUGGAAGUGGACGAGCCAGUUGCUGAAAAUGUUGGUGAAUCUGCAAAGAAGGAAGAAAGUGCAAUGGAAGUGCAAAUAGCUGCUAUUGCAAAUGUUGGAGAUUCUUUGAGGCGAGAGGAGCCUGUUGUUGUAGAGGUUGCAGAAUCAGUUGAGGAUGAGGAAACCGAUGGUGCAAAGGACAGAGAGGAAGUUAUGGAGGAAAAAGAGGAGGAUACAAGAGAUGUUGAAAAUAAGGAGGAACCCAAUGUUGAGCCUGUUAACAUGGGAGAAAAUGUCAUAGAGGACUUCCGUGGAGAAGAUGCUCAAUCUGUGAAGGAGUUUGGGAGUGAUGAGGCAAUGGAAGAUUAUGGUGAUAGAGUGGACCUUGGUGAACAUGGGGAAGACGAGCUUGCUGAGGAUGAUCCAGAGGAGCCUGCUGACUAUGAUCCAGAGGAGCCUGCUGAAUAUUCGGAGGCAUUGGAAGAAGAAUGCAGGGAAUUAACGGCUGUUGCUAAGGAGCGCAAGAUUAAAAAAGAGCAUGAGAUAUUUGUUGGUGGGUUGGAUCGGGAUGCGGAGGAGGAAGAUGUGAGAAAGGUCUUUGAGAGGAUUGGAGAGGUAGUUGAAGUUAGGUUGCACAAGGAUCCAUCUACUAAUAAGAAUAAGGGGUAUGCAUUCGUGAAGUUUGCUAAUAAGGAGCAUGCAAAGCGGGCUUUGUCAGAAAUGAAGAACCCUGUUAUUCAUGGAAAGCGGUGCGGAACUGCACCCAGUGAGGACAAUGACUCGUUGUUUCUGGGUAAUAUCUGCAAUACAUGGACAAAGGAAGCUAUCAAACAGAAGUUGAAAGAAUAUGAUGUGGAAGGUGUUGAAAACAUCACUCUUGUUGCAGAUGUUCAACAUGAGGGAUUGAGCCGGGGUUUUGCAUUCCUUGAGUUCUCUUGCCAUGCAGAGGCCAUGCUUGCUUACAAGAGGCUUCAAAAGCCUGAUGUUGUUUUUGGCCAUCCUGAGAGAACUGCCAAAGUAGCUUUUGCUGAACCUUUACGUGAGCCUGACCCAGCAGUCAUGGCCCAAGUGAAGUCAAUCUUUCUUGAUGGGCUUCCACCUCACUGGGAUGAAGACCAUGUUAGAGAGCAGCUUAAAGGUUACGGGGAGAUUGCACGGAUUGUCCUGGCCCGGAAUAUGUCAACAGCCAAGAGAAAGGAUUUUGGAUUUGUUGAUUUCUCUACCCAUGAAGCCGCUGUUGCUUGUAUUGCUGGUAUAAACAAUUCACAACUGGGUGAUGGGAAGAUGAAAGUGAAAGCAAGGCUUUCAAAUCCUUUGCCCAAAACACAGGCUGUGAAGGGUGGAAUGUGUGGUGGAUUUCGAAUCGGCCAUGGCAAUGGUGGAGCAACAUCAAAUUUUGGAAGAGGGUUUGGGCGGGGAGGACAGCCCUUUCACCGUGCAAAUUUCCAACGGAAUAGGGGUUUCUAUCAAGGUGGACGUGGUCAAACUGGUAGAAUGGGUUUUCCGAAUAAAUAUGAUAAUCCAUAUACUGAGUUUCAUGGGAGGCAAUUUACUGGACGAGGGGGAAGAAGGGAUUCAUUUAGAGGUGGUAAUUAUGCAUCUGGUGCGGGACGUGCGGUUGCUGCCCCGUCAAGACCUAAUCUUGAUCGACCCUGGCAUGAUGCUCCUGAUAGAGGCCGUGGGAUGCAUUUUCAUUCUAGGAGGCAACCAUAUUCUCCGGAGGGACACUUUGACAGACCUUUCAUUGGAAGGCACUUUGAUGACCCUUUUUUUUACGAGGAUGAUGCACAUGGGAUGAAGCGCCCGUUUUAUAUGACUGACCAUGAUCCUGAUUAUAUGGAGCCUAGUAGGUUUCGCCCGCGUUUGGAUUACACUGAUACAUCGGCUUUUCAUGCAAACAGCUAUCGUGAUACUUAUGGAGCUGGCAGCAGUACCUACCCCCGUGAUUAUUAUGGCCCUGAUUAUGGUGGAGGUCCAUAUUCAUCUUUCUAUGGGAGUGACCGCCCAUAUGGCAGUGGCUAUUACUAUUAGAUUCUAGGAAUCAUUGGUGGGCUUGGAGAUGCGGGAUACACUUCAUAAGUGAUGAACAAGUGACUUGCUGCUAGAAAGAGAAUGAUGCUGUCUAAUCGUGCUCCUGCCUGCAUCAGAAAAGUUGAAGUAGCAUUAUAUAUUCUCUGCGUGUCUUCAUACUACUUUCCUCCUAGUCCUUCACCUCUCUUUACUCUUUAGUUUACUCUCUAUGAAGUCUUUGGUAGAAUAUCUUGGGUCUUGAUGCUUAUAGUUUAGGUUGUGUCCUAAAGACCUUGACUAAGAAUUGAUUGAUGUAUUUUCUUCUGUUGGAGACUGGACGGACCUGCCCCUUUAGCCUUAGGUAUCAAAAUCUUGAGGAUUUCUGAUAUGGGCUGUUGUGUUAAAGUGCAAAAAUUUGAUUGCUUUGUUGAUGAUACAAUCUUGAUGCUUUGGGAAAUUUACUUGAAGUCAAA